CUUCUCUUCUCGAACCGAAGUGCCGAAAGUGACAUCCGGAGUCUCCUCUCCGCCAUGACAGUUAAAUUUCCCUGCUGUUGACGUAAAGUCAUGAAACUUGGUACAUUUUGGAAAUCCAAAUGGCUGGAACUUUUUUCGAUUUCGACAGCACACUGCCGCCUGGGGAUGACCCAGGGCAGGGCUUAGAGGAAGAAGAGGAACAGCAAUAUGAUGCUCUCAAUGAUGAAACCUUUGGAACUGCUACGGAGGAUGACUGGGAGCAGGACCACGAACAGCUGUCAAAGCUAACAGAAACCUCACGAGGAUGGAAUAAUGAUUUUGAUGAUUUCAAUCAUAACGACCAUGAUGACCUUCGAAAUGGACAAGACCAUCUUGAAGCUAGUUUAUCGCAGUUAGUACUGGAAGACAAUGAUGAAAUAGCGGUAAACAGGAAAUCAUCUUCUCAUAUUCCUCAUUCAAAUUUAGUGCCGUAUCCUGAAUCACCUAACGCUCUCCGCAAUUCUGUGUGGGCUGUUGGUAAACAUGAUGGACCUUUGUCUGCAUCAUCUCCACUUCGCCCUAGAGUUGCUUUACCUCAAGGCGUCAAGAAUGUUUGCACUGUUGAGGAGCUGGAAAGGAAUCUUCUCCAAAUGCGCAGUGGAGGUGUCACUGGGUCUUCUUUACCACCUCCACCUGGUUUGGGGAACCCAAGUCCAGGUGGUGCAUUACGCCUCGAAGAUUUAGAACGAAAAAUUACCCAAGUAGCACCCCAGCCUAGAAUGAAUAUGAUACCUGACAUGCCAUCUAGAUUUCCCCCUGGUUUGGGAAGGGGCAAUAUCAUGAAUACACUUCAAAACCAGAGACUUAUUGGCCCCCCAGGACACAUAGAAGCCCCGAAGGUACCCCUACAACAAUUGCCUCUCGGUUUUGGUAGCUCAAAUAUUCCUCCGUACUUUGCCAUUCGACAACAACAUUCUUUUCAGCCGAUACAACCAGGCCCUGGAAUGAUGCCGCUGGGUCCACAUCAGCAGCAGCAACACUUACCAUUUAACAUGAAUGGACCAAGAAUACCUCCUCCUCACAUGAAUAACCACCUUGCACACCAUCUACACCAACAGCAUUCUCAGCACCCUCAGCAUCACCAACACAUGGCCCAUCAACAGCAUAGAAAUACUCACCAACAACCUCAUCACUACCACCAACCCCACCAUCAUCAACAGCAACAGCAACAUCAUCAUCAUCAACACCAACAGCAGCAACACAGAGUGAAUGGUGCUGGAGACUAUGAUGAGUAUGCUGGGUUGAUGACACCAUGGCAAAAGCAAUGGUUGCUCAACAUUCAAACUUUGCAACUCAAUGUUGGUGUACCUUACGUUGUGGAUUAUUAUUACACUGUUUACAAGAAUCGUAAAGAAAGGAGAAAUUCAGACUCUAGGAAAUCAGAUAGUUUCUAUGGAAGACCAGAAUCUGUUCGAUUGGGAAAGGAUCGAGCUGAAUCAACAAAGCCAGGACGUGAACGUCCACCAUCUGUGAUGGGACCAGCCAAAGCAUAUACCCCACUUCAGUUUGAGAAUUCUCUUGGAAAACUCCAGUGUGUUAGUGUUACUGCGCCUCGUAAACUCAUAGAUAUGGAAAUUAUGGCAUCAGAGGGACCAGAUGGCCAGUCAACUCAAAAAGAUUUGAAGAAGACAAAGCAACUUCUUCUUGAGAUUGAAAGGUUGUACGUUUUGCUUCUGGAGCUGGAAGAUGCAUUUGACCCUCAGGCCAUCGAAGCUGCAGCUGAGGCUGCUGCAACUAGAGCAAUGCGGGAUCCUCCAGACAAUGAACCGGAGCCUGAAAAACCUUCACCCGAAGAACUUCUUACACGAAUGACAAGUGUUCUAUUGCAGGGUGAUAAAAUCUUUGGAUUCAUGGGAAUUCGAAAGGGAAAGACAUUCUUGCUAAGAUUGCUCCCCCAUAUACCAGCUGAUGCAGGCUUGCAUUUUGCCUUUUGGGGUCAGGUGCUUUAUGGAUUAUCUGCACUAGUGAGACGUGACCAGGCAGAUGGCCUUCUUCCACGGUUUCUCCCUGAAUUAAAGAGGUGGCUGGAAGUAAGCGAUUUACCUCAGAUUUUGAAACUCACUACUUCUCUCGUUGCUGAAGCUAGUUUAAAGUCAAAAUCCAGUCGAAGCGCUCUUUCUGCAGCAGUCAAUAGCAAGUUUGGUGUCUUAGCUUUAGGAGCAAUUCUGACUGCUUCUGAAAAGCACUUGUCCAAAAUGGAUGACGAACAUAAAAAUCUCUGGGGAGAAUUUAUAUCAUCUGUAGCUGUAGUUGCUGAAACAGCUCGUGUGGCCGAUGACAACUCUGCUCAGCGAGCUUCCCCUAUUGCUCCUGAAACUUUGCAGAGACAUAUUGAUGCUUGUGAUGUAGCUGUUGCAAGUAAAUAUGGGGCUUUUUUAAAACGCUUGUUCUUAAGUGACACUCUUAAGACUGAUACUGUGAAAGCACCAGAGAAGACAAUUAGAAGAGCUAAUGAUUCAACAAUUCCCUCAAUACUUAAUUAAAAAUGAACGCCAAUCACUUUUAUAAAUGAACUACAAAUUUCCUCUGUGAAUUAUCUUAAUUUCCUUGUUAAUUGAAAUCAUAUUUGUGAAAUCUGUUUUAUCAAGGCGUUAAAUGUUGUUACACAUGCAGGAUGUUCUUAUGUACUGGUGUUGAACUUUUUCUUUCUGUUUUUUGGAUUACCUCAGAUGGUGUCUAGUUGGGGCAAAUUUAUUGUUAAUUUUGGACAACCUUUCUAUCUCCUCAUCUUUUAUAUUGAUUGUUAAAAAUAUAUUCAUUACAGAGUAUUACCAACCUUUAAUAAAUUGUAUGACAGCCUAUCUUCACAUGUUAACCAGAAUUUCUCUUUCAGCUUUGUUUGAAAAUAGAUUUGUGAAAAAUAAUUAUGUAAAUCUCUGGAUAGCAAGGCUAACAGUUCUAUUGACUGGCAAAUAUCAAACUGCAUUGAAAUGUAUUUUCUUAUUUAUUCUUGGAUCUGCAUAGUUGUUUCAUUUUAUUGUAAACAGCUGUCUGUGCAUUCUUGGAGGAUUAUUUUUUACGUAAACUAUGUAGUUUUGUUCCUUUUUUGAUUGUUGUUCAUUCCAGCCAAUGUCAGGAUACAAACAAACAAUAUGCAAUUAAUGAUGAUGAUGUUUAUCAACAUACAGUAUGUGGUGACAUGUUUACCAGAAAGACCUGGUACUCUCAUCUCCUUAAUACAUGUCUUUUCUUGUUACCUUUUUGAGCUCUAGAGAAGAUUAUAACUGAACAUUUUAUUUUAUGAACCUGGUUCUUCUGAUGCAGUAGAGGUUUUUUCUGCAUUUUACAACCUGCUCAUAGUAUUCAGUCAUUCAGUCUCUUUGUAUUGUAUUAAAAAUGUGACUUGACUUGUGAUUCUUUUUCAAUAGAAAUGAUUUAUUUUAUGUUUCCCUUGGUCUGCUAUAGUAGAAUUUUGAUGCACUGACUGCAUUUUAAGUUAUCUUGCUGCUGUACACAUAAUUUGUGUGUAAAAGAAGUAUGUUUCCUUUCCCUUAUUUUUGUGUCAGUGGGUUACAUUUUUUUCUUUCUUCCCUUAUUUUUCUCUCAGGUCGGAAAAUAAGGUGCCAUAAUGUGAUGGUCAAUUGUAGAAAAAUUAUAAUAAAACAAUUUAAUAGCAUAAA